AUGGACAAAAUAAACUUGUUUGAAGUCAACUCACCCAUCGCUGACUCGCAACACUCCGACUCUAAACUGGAUCUGCCAUCUGCGCCUAGUCCAGGCUUGGUGCUCUACAACAAUGAGGAACAAGCUGACUUGGCCUUUCUAGUAGGGCAAAACGAUAGUAAACUGUGGCGAUUUCCAGCUCACAGUUUCAUUCUGGAAGAUGCCAGCUCAUUCUUUAAAGCCAUUGCUGCUACUGUCAAAGACAAGAAUUCCAAUUCUGAGACCAAAGAGAUACGCAUUAACUGGUGCGAGCAUGACAUUUUCGACAUUAUUUUGAAAUAUACUUACACAAACGAGGUAGUCAUCAAGUCCGUCUCUGAGGCAAUGGUUCUUUUUAAUGCUUCCAACAGCUUUUGCCUCUAUCAGCUGUCUAAGUUGUGCUUGACAUUCCUCUGCAACCAGUCCAACGACGACAAUGUGCUCGAAGUGGUUGCAUUCUUUCACAAUUACCUAAAGCACAUCUGCGAGAUGAACGCAGAUAAUCAGCCUGAAAAGGUGUGCAACGAGCCAGCGGCCAACGAAGAUCUACUCGAGAUGCUGAACACUCUGAUCAUUCGAUGUUACGACAUUAUCGACUACUGUGCCCAGAAAAUUAUCUCUUCUGAAGGAUUUUCCAAACUGCCAUAUGAUCUUGUCGGUAAUAUUCUUUGGCGGGACACACUGAACAUCGCUACUGAGCUGGAAAUCUUUGCUGCCAUUAAUCAGUGGUCGUGUCAGCAGUGUAAAAAGACUUGCAAAGAGUUGACGGAUAAAAAUAAGCGUGAAAUUCUGGGCGAACUUGUCUUUUAUCCUCGGUACCUCACCAUGAGCCUGGACGACUUUCUCAAAGGCCCGUAUACCAGUGAAAUCUUGACCAAUGAGGAAAAGCAAAUUUUGCUUGAAAAAAUCAAAGGAAAUGACCAGAUUCAGCUGCCUAAGCAUAUGGAAAUUUUCAAACUGGAUGUCGAGCGACGAUUUGAUGACAUUUCCGAAGAUGAUGAUGACGAUGAUGACGAUGAGGGAAGUUCGGAUGCUGCAAACUCAGUCAGUGACGGGAAGGCUGACAAGGAUAAACAAAAGAAUCCUCUGCCAGUUAACAUACAGCUAAAGAAAAAGAAGAAAAAGUCAAAGUCUAAGAAAAUACUAAAUGGUCUCGGAGAAGUGGUUUUGUGUGUGAUUAAGCUGCUCGAUUGA